GAAGGCAGCUGUACAAAUGAAAGGGGUGGUUGCAGCUUUCAGCACCACGGCAGCGGACAGCCCCUCCCGGGCAUCCCGGCGGAGGCAGAGGCGUCCCGGAGGGGUAGGGGGGCGGGUUGCAGCCUGAGGUACCAGGCGCUGGGGGUGGGGGGGGGGGGGGGAAGAUGCUCUAGGCAGAGCGUUAUCCGCGGCAGAGGCCGCCAGCUCCAGCCUCCUCUGGGGAUCUGCCCCCCACCUCCCCCCAACCUGCUGCAGCAUGGCUCGGGAGAGCCCUGGUCCUGCCUCUGGAAGAUGCAAAAAAGGACCCAGCGGGGCCGGCGGAUCUCUCUCGACAGAGGCAGAACCGUAGCAUCCUUUGGGGACCGCGGGAGCGAGAAGGGACGGUGGGCAGCACCCCCCAGCCCUCUCGCCCAGCAGCAGCAAAGAAAUCUGGGCAGGGUGCUCAGAGUGGCUUAGCAAAGUUUCCCAGGCGUGUGGGGGCGCAGCGAGGCAGGCGAGCGCCCCACGCGUGGGAAGGAUCUGCGGUGGGUGUGCUGCUCGCGGGCGGCUGGUCCCUGGGGCUUCCCCGCAGCUCCUCUGCUCCAGCCUGGCACUUCUGUUCAGUUGUUUAACCCAGAGGACGCGGGGGUAGGAUCCUGCUGCCUCUUGCCGGCCCUGAGUUCCCACUCAAGCCCAGGGAAGUGGUUCUCGUCGGCUUCCAGCUGCCGGUGCUCCACGGCCAAGGAAAUUCAAGGCAGCGCAAGCCCAGCGAUCGUCUCACCAAUGCCAUGUGUGCUCAGUAAGGUGCGAGAUCCCCUGGGAGACUUGUAUCAACAUGUUCAGCGAAAAGAGCAGCACCUCUUUGUCCCAGAAACCUAGCCAGAGAAAGACCAGGCCCCAGGGGCUCCCAUCCCCUGCUCUCUGCUGCGCCUGCGGACUUUGCAUCAUGCUUGCCGGGAUCAACAUCACCCUGGUGGGAGCGUUCGCUUUUGGGACCUUCCUCCCCGUGAACAACCCCCCUAUCAUCAUUGGACCCAUCCUGCUGGUGGUUGCGUUCACGUUCUUCGGGGCCUGCUGCAUCUGUAGCCGGAGACCACCCGCCCAUGGGUCGAGAAAAUCCAAGCCAGGUUCCAACAUCGGGCUCAUCAAACCCGGCAACACGACCUUCGAGAUAGAAACCAGCGAGCACACGGUGCAGGACACCACCGCUGUGCAGUUGAGCCCAACCAACUCGCCUGUUUCCUCCAGAAAGUCCACGCCCAUCCAUGAGAACUCCAAGACCUGCAAACUCUUCACAAUGGAUGGCAACGGGCCGGCGGCAAAAUACACAGCAGGAGGGGAGUCAAUUCAGCUGAACUUGCCCAGAGACCUUAUGACAUCCUAAGUCAAGUCAGAGUGGUUAUUAGCAGCCAGGUGGGCACCACAGUUGGGCAUGCCAUGAUCAGAUGGAUACAGCCGUUAGGAAGCAGCAAGCCUAUGAAAUCCUUUUGUGUGGCCAACUGAUACGCUGACAUCUUAAAAACCAGUUAAGAAAGGAAAGGGAUGACAUGGUAAUUGGAAACGGUGGUGAGAAAUUCCAGCUUUUUUCUGGAAUGGGCACAUUUAUUUAAUGUGAUUAGAAACAAUGUUGUAACGAGGAUUCGAUGUGGCCCAGCUACUGGGAAAUUAGAGAUCUUCUUUUGGAAUUAAUUCAUUUCUUUAGUGCAACUUUUUAAAAAAAGUAAAGUCAUGAUUAGAAUUCAGUGCCACAGAGUGCUAACAAAUUACAGGUCUCUUUUUGGAAGGGAUGCAGUUAUUUAAUGAAAAUUUAAUAAAAAUGACCAGUGCAGUAAUUAGAUAUUGAUACCACCUAGUUGCUGGGAAAUUACAGAUCUUUGAGAUGAGGCUUUUGGGGGUUUGAGGAAGAAUAAAUUUAUUUUAAUGCAAUUAAAAAUGCAACACAAAAAUGUAACUUCCACUUUUUAUCCUGUCUCAACCUUUCCUUUCUUUUUUGACUUCCACUCUAACUCUAGCAGCCAGCAGAUGUCAAGUGCAGCGGGUAGCGUCAGCCGUCUUUCCUCCUGCAUAAUUUAGAUUCCGCUCUGAGUCCUGCUGUCUAAUACGCCACAUCGCUUGAAAGGUCAGCUGUGCUUGAGUAUGUAGAGGCUGCAGGUGAUUGGUUUAGCCAGGCCUUGCGAUGGGUGGAGUGUAUCAGAAGGGGCAACCCAUAGACCUACUGGAAAAGGAAUUGAAGUCAUGUGGAAAGAGGUUCCACUGAGCAACAGAAGUGGAGUGAGAUAAGAUGAUGCACCUGAACCCCCUUUGAGGGGAACUUUGGACCUGGAUUGGACAUGUCUACUUAAAGUCAGCAUUUAUUCGGGAAUGAAAACAACCACAAUGUCGUUAUUGUUAAAGCUGGUGGGGAAUUUUUCAGUGCAUCGGUUUCAGUGAAAAUUUCUUAAGGAAGGUUCCUCAGGUCCAGGAUGGAAUUUCUGGUGAGGGAGAGACCAGAAUAGCCCUCACCUGGGAUGUGGGGGAACCAAGUGCAAGUCCCUGAUUUGGAGCAGGGACUCGAAACUGCAUUUCCCACAUCCCAGGCAGGUGCCCUGACCACCAGGUUACUGGUUAUUCCAUGGGCUCUGUCUGGCUUGUGGUUUCUCCAGCCAGCCCUACUUGCCAGAAGACAGGCCAACUGAUCUAGAAGAUGACCAAAGGGAUCUGCAUCUCCUCUCUUUAAAUGACUGUAAAUCCCACUGACAUUGAUAUCAGCUGUGUGUGUACAGUAAGAGGAGAAUAUGUUCCCUUAAUAAGGGCACCAUGGUUCCCUGUGUUGUAAGGCAUUGGGAGGGUGGAAGGGAUAUUUGCUGGAGAGGACCCUGAAUCUAUGGAAGGGAGGAAGUGAUGUCCAUGUUGCCUGCUGCUGUGUAUGAAAGGUUUCCAUCUGACUCUGGAUGCUCAGGGCUUCCUGGAUUUGGGAAUAGGACGGACCUUGUAGCAGGUAGAAAAACAUUGCUGGGGAGCAGCUGCUGAAUGCAGCCUGCUUCCUUCUGACACACAAUUCAGUGGAAGGUAAUGCCACGGUGAGCAGCAUUAAUCUGGGCUCCUUGCAGUCCACUUUUCUUGGAGGUGAGCAGAGCACGGUGCAGCAGAGGAUGACAGAGCUGUACUCUAGAGAUGAAGGGUCUGCAGGAUGGUUUAGAGGUGGGGGUUGUAGAUCCUUUCGCUCACUGACAGUAUUGCCAACCCGAAAUGUUCAAAAAUCAGGAGUCACAAUCACGAGAGUGGCUCAGACAGCAUGAGAUUAUUUUAACAAAUAAUUAAUGUUCGAUUCUGUUUAAUCACCUUCUGGGCUUUAAGCCUUUGAGAGACAUGUUCUCAAGUUUUUUUGUUUUUUUUUUGCCAUAACCAAGAGAAAGAGACAGACUUUUUUUGAAAAGAAAGCUGAGAUUCUCACAUAUUAACAUGACUCCAGGAGCUGGGGCUUUCAGAAAAACAUCAAAUAGUAUGAGACAGAUAUUACUAUCUUGAGAGUUGACAACAUUGCAUUAAUGUCCAGGUUCCAUGGGAUUUUGAGCUUGCCAGAUCUCCCUCCUUAGGGAAGCAUUUCAUGGAAUCUCUGAGAGUUUUUUAAAGACCUCCUUUCUCAGUGAGGGAUAGUGAUGUGUCUUGUCUUUUGCUCUUUACACAACAUACCUAAUAUGGAAAGACACAGGACAAAUAACUGCAUUUACUAUAUUAGAGUGAGUCAGGAAACGGGUUUUUCCAUGAACAUUUUAAAGUUUAAAAAAAAAAAAUUCUGUCCUGAAAUGGGACAAAAAGUAAAAAUCUCAACCAUUUUCACAAUCUGAAACCCUACCCCCCGCCCCAACAACUGAUUGGGUCAAUCAAAAUAUUUCAUUUAGAUUGUGAUCAUUUUUAUAUUUCCAAAAUAAUAAUAAUUAGCUUAAAAUUUGAUACAAAAAGUCAUUUUGAAUGGGAAAACCAGAAUCAUUUGUUUUAGGAAAUGAAAGCUUGCAACAAUUUCAAACCUUUAUUUAAAAAAAAUCAAGUUGAAAAAUUUGUCAAAACCAACCACUGCCCAUGAAAAUUUUAAAUGUUGAUGCAUCGGCGUUUUCCUAUGGAAAAAACGUUCCCUGAAAAAUUCACAGCCAGCUCCACUGAACAGAAGAACGGCCAUACAGGGUCAGACCAAGGGUCCAUCUAGCUCAGUGUCCUGUCUCCCGACAGUGGCCAAGGCCAGGUGCUUCAGAGGGAAUGAACAGAACAGGUAACCACCAAGUGAUCCAACGUAUAUAACAUGUCAGGCCUAGCCACAUACCUAUGCUGUGGCAGAGGUCUGGUAGCUACAGAAAUAUGGAAGACAAUGAGGGUUCAAUAAUUACUUAAAGAACCACUAUCCUGUUCCAACACUAUAGUAUCAUAGAAAUGUAGGGCUAGAAGGGACCUCAAAGGUCACCGAGUCCAGCGCUCAGGCAUGCACCUGGGGCUUUAAGAUCAGUGGCCUUGGAGGAGCAUUUGCUGCUGUAGUUUUAAAUGAGGAGCAAAUCCAGCAUUAUGGCAUCUGCACAUUUAUGGGACUAUCACAGAGGCCAGAGCUUUUCCAACACCACCCCUGCACCCCCUUCCCCUUUAUUUCCUCUGUUUCUCCUUAAGCUCAUUGUUACAUUCUCCUGCCUUCUCAAUCUAGUUUCUCUUCUCCGGGACCUUAUUUUGAAACGUGUCGCGUUGCUCCAAAGAGGGAAGAACCCAAAUGUGUAUCACUUAGACGAUUGAGGGCUUCAUCUCCCAUGCUGGCCCCGCAAAGCCAGCUUCAUUUGCUGCGUGUCAGACCAUCCCAUCCUCAAAUUAUUUCUGGCUCUCCCUGCAGAGCCUCACUUUCGGCCUGUUACAUGGCUAGCAACCCAGCUGCAAUUUGUCCUUUGUCCUCCUCUGGUUGCAUCAAUUACUGGUGGCUUUCCUGGUGUUUUAUCGUGCGGUCAUGCCAAUCCCCAGUGCCGCUAAAAUAUGAGUGCUAUUCAGUGCUGUUAAUUCAGCUAAGAGAGGAUUUUCAGGUCACAGGUGGAGCUGAAUCCAUUUCCCUUUGUACACCUAGGCAAAGGAAGCUGUGCCAGUGGUCCCCCCGGGACACGGUCCUGCUCAGAACAGCAAGCCAACAAAACCAAGGUGACAAGAAAUGUACCAUGCUGUGCCAUGCAGCCAGCUAUUAGCGCUGCAAACUAGCUCCUCCAGAUGACAGGGCCGUGCCGAGGGGCCGCCGGUCCCCCAAUGUUGUGCACAGCACACACCAGUAGGGGGCAGCGCAAGUUGCAGCCAUGGGAUUCCAAGAGGGCUGCCUACGUUGCAUUUCGCAAGCCAGCAGCCAGCAGGGAAGCCGUUCUCAACAGGUGCCCAUCGAGCCUCGUCCAAAGCCCAUCGUGCUCAAUGCAAGGCCCCCUCCACGCACGUCAAUGGAUCGGGCUUUUCAUGAGCAGGAGGUAGAGUAAGGAGGGAAGGGGAGAGAGAGCAAAGGGGAAGAGAGCGCCCUCUACUGGUGAAAUUGACUGUAACCGCUGCAUGUGAGUUACAGGUGCCGUGCAGUGGUUCCACUUACAGCCCAUGCUGCGGUCGUGGGGAGGAACAUGCACGUGUCCCACACGCCCCCUCAGAGCUGCCGCUGAGUACCCCUAGCACAGCCUGUCGCUGUCAGGGUUGGAAUGUGUCAGUCAGAUUCCUUAGUCUGUGCUAACUCCCAUGGGAUCUGGAGUCCCGCCGCCCCUAUUCUCCUGGGCAUUGGUUUGGUUGGCCUGGGCUGGGGAACGCCAGCCUUCGAAGGGUUAAGGUGAGCACAGUGCACUUUUCUCUCACAAAACCGAUCGGCCCUGGGAACAGACCCAUUUGUGUUUUUCCUGCCAUCGCUCUGUUCUCUAGAGGGGACGGGCAGCAGCCUAGGUGGGUCCCUCACUUCAUGGGAUUUUCAGAGGAAGUCAGCACCUAUGUAACUUCACGAGUUGUUAGGCAGAAGAGAAAGGAGGUAUUUGGGGCCCGAUUCAAAGCACACUGAAGCCACUGGAAAGAUUCCCGUGGAGUUAAUGAGUGUUGAAUCAGGACCUUGGUGAACAUUGAUUUGGAGAUCAUUCUAAGAGCAGGGAUGAGAUUGGAGGGAGCCACUUCCUAUCAUUUCUUGUUCAUUGGAUUAUUAAUAGGCAUGUGCCAAUUGUCAUGAAUGGACCCCAGCACUUUACAGAACAAAGAAUAAAACACAGUCCUGGUCCCAAAGAGUUUUGACUAGGAUUUUCAGCCAAUGAUAGUUGGGCGUCAUUCAGCGGUAGGGGUGAACUGAAGAACUGGAUGUCAACCACAUCAAGGCAUAAUUCCGUGGCAGUUUAAUUUAGACCGUACUGACUCUUGGCAGAUUACUCCUCCCCCUGCAGCAAUUAGCUGCAUGCAGAAUUCAAAAUAGAUCCGUUUUCUCUGUGAAUGGAUUAACUAAGCAAGAUUACAGCAGGGCUGACGGAAGGAGACAAAGCAAACAGAUUAGCAGGUGCAAAGCAUGGAACUUUCUUUAUCUGGUGUCAAGCACGGACAGGCCCAUCCGGUCACCAUCAUAAGGUUGGUAGGGCAUGAUACAUGGGGUGGGUUCUGAUAGCAGUGGAAACAGGGACAAAUCCGUAGGCCUCUGAUAGAGACCCAAGGGAGGCCAUUGAGUCAAUAGAAGCCACAUGAGUUUCAAUAGCUUUGGAUAUACAGAAAAGCCUAGCAUGCUGGAAAUACUAUGCCGCUUUCAUUUAGUCUGGCCACUGACUUAGCACUUGGACUGCAGUCGGCUCUGGAAUAAUUCCAGCACCAGGGUCCGCAUAACUACCGCCCAACAAUAGUCUUGCUUUAGCAACUGCCCUUAUAGCAGGCUGUUGCAGAUAGGAAGGGAUGGUCCAGAGGUCAGGACCCUAAUGUGGCACUUGGAAGACCUGGGCUCAAUUUUCUGCUCUGCCACAGACUUCCUGUGUGACCUUGGGCAAGUCACGUAGCUUGUCUGUGUCUCAGUUCCCCAUCUGUACAGUAAGGAUGAUAGAUCUUUCCCAAAGCACAGGGGUGUGUGAGGACAAAUACAUUAAAGAUGGAAAGGUGCUCAGCUGCUACAGGGAUGGGGGCCAGAUAAAGCACCCAAGACAGAAAGCUGAGUGGAUACAAACACUCCUGAGCUCUGGGAAUGUUUGAAUCUGCAUGUGGCUUUGUGGCUCAGGCCUAGCGCCGUAUGAUAUAUUUUGGAAUUAAUGUCCUUGGUAAGAUCUCAGACAUCCACUUGAUUGUAUUUAAUAUCUCUACAGCAAAUUCCCCUUUGGCACAUGAGAUCUGAUAGUCUGGGCUAAAAAUUUCCAUCAGUUUUGGUUGCUGUUCUGUUGAUACAUUUAAUAAGGCAAAAUAUCCAUCUGCAAUUGAUUGGAUCCCAAACUCCAAGCUACCAAGUCUUCUUGGAACAUCACCCCACGGUCUAAAUGUAUUUCAUGGGGUUGUCUUGUUGUUCAGAUCAACACAGUUAUUGGGAUUGUCUGCCCCAGAUACUUGGGGCAGACAAAUUACAAAAUCAACCAGUAUAUUAUACUUCUCCCUCUUCCCAUUUUCAAAAAAAUGAAUAAUCUCAUUGGAGGGUGUAUUUCGGAUCAAGAUCAGCGUUGUGAAAUGUACCUUACAAGGUGUCACGGGCAAUAAAGUGGAAGCCGGUUAGGGCCUGCUACUAAUCCCAUAGAAGCGAGUGGCAAAACUCUCAUGGACGUCAAUAGGAGCAUGAGCAGCUUAGUGUUUUCUUAUUUGUCCAUAUUGCGGUAGUGCCUAGAAGCCCUACCCAAGAAUCAGGGUCCCAUUGUGCUCGGAGCUGUACACACAUGUAAUGCAGAGAUGGUCCAUGCCCCAUGGUAAAGUGAACUUUACAAUCUAGGUAUAAGACAAAAGGCAAAUGCAACAAACAGCAUGGGGAGGGGGACAAGGGAACAGUGAGACAAUGGUGUCCCUAGUCUCUGUUUGCCAAAAGCUGGGAAUGGGUGACAGGGGAUGGAUCACCUGGUGAUUACCUGUUCUGUUCAUUCCCUCUGGGGCACCUGGCCCUGACCACUGGCGGAAAACAGGACACUGGGUUUGAUGGACCAUUGGUCUGUCCCAGUAUGGCCGUGCUUAUGUUAUGUUCUAAUGGUACCUUCAUGCUGAGGGCCCAUAUGUUUCUGACCCAAUGACCUGUCGUUAUCUAGCUGCUGCACUCUGUAGUGAGCUGUGACAUUGUUUGUAUAGACAUGUUGUUUGUGGGGUUGGGGUGGAGGGAGGGACAUCGCUGCUUUGUUCUUCUGAAGCAUUUAAUGUCCUGCUUUUCAGCUGUCCACGUCCGUCUGUCUGCCUCCGUGAUGGGCUGUGAAUAAAUCAUUUGUAAAUCUGUGCAUCCUUCUUGCACUGCAGAAGACAAGGAGAUUUUUUGUGUGAUUCCAGUUGGACUUGCUGAUGUGAAGGUUGAUUUUUUUUUAUUAUUUAUAUGUACGUGAAAUGUGGAAUCUGGAAAAGAGAGGCACAUUAAAAUAUGGAUGAUUGCUCUUUUCUCCUUUUGGAGGAGUCUGCCAUUUCCAUCCUUUUCCUCCCAUGCAGCAAGUUCUUCGUCAAUCUUUAAUAGUACCACGAGGAUUGAUGGUGUCUCUUCCACUAGAUCAGUACCUCUUUCUCUGUGUGCUCUGCAAUGGACUUGCUGAUGUGAAGGUUGAUUGCAAUGUUCUUGUUCAUUUCCUAUCGGGUAAUUAACAGUUGUGCAGGAACAAACUUCCACAAGAGAUCAGAUGUGUCCGAAUCUUCCUUCUUUUGAAACCAUUGCAUGAUGCUCCCGGUUAAACAACUGUUUUCCCCAAACAACCACGUGCCAAGGCUCCCAGUGCAGAUGGAGUCAAGUACUGAACCCAAUUGCUGGAAGCAAUUGAUUUGCAAGGAGAGGGUGAAUCACAGAAUGAUAGAAAUAUAGGUCUGGAAGGGAUCUCAAGAGGUUCUCUAGUCCGUCCCCCCAUAGUGAGGUAGGAUUAAGUAUACCUAGACCAUCCCUGCCUGAUGUUUGUCCAACUUGUUAAAAAAACCAACAAUGAUGGGGAUUUCACAACCUCCCUAGGUAACCUGUUCCAGUGCUUACCGACCCUUAUAGUUAGAACGCUUUCCCUAAUGUCUAACCUCAGACUCCUUUCUGAAGAUGUUCUCUGCUUUCUCUCAAUAUCUCUUUCGUCCUGUGAGGGGCUGUGAUGACGAGAGCAAUAGAGAUAUCUGGAAAAUAAAUUCAAGACCCCAGGUGAGCUCAUGGUUAACACCCGUGAGCCACUGGGUCCUGUGCAGGAGUUAUGGCUGGGUCUUGUUCCCGUUGUUGACUCUAGGUGUGUAUGUUACUGAACAAAUUCUGCCCUGAGUCACACUGUACAACUCCACUGAGAUCAACGGGGCUGCAUACAGUGUCCUCCUGAGGGGUUGUCAACCCAUGGCGCAAGGUGAUAUCCUAUCCAUCCUCUGGAAAUAUUGGGGCUCUCUUCCGAGGGUCAACAGAGUCUGGGGGUUGGAGCAUGGGACAGGGCAUCAUGAACUCCUGAGUUCUAAUCCCAGCUCUGACAGGGAGUCACCCUGUGGCCUCUUUCCACUCACAGCGCAGCUCCCUGCCUCAGUUUCCCCACACAUCAAAUGGAAAUAAUCAUAAUUUCCUUACCUCCCUGGGGUGACGCGAAAUGCGGUUAGUUAAUAUUUGUGUAGCCCUUUGAAGAUGUAAAGUGCUGUAUAAUUGCACUUAGUGUAUUAUUAUUAAUCCUUUGGGGAAGACGGGAAUAGGCUGUAUGGGGCAUACAUACGUGGCUGGGUGUGUUUACCCAUGGAACGUGUCUGUAUACAGCACUGUGUAUGGGCGUUGUGCCUUCUGAUUAAAGGAAAUAAUUUUAUACCACACAUAAUUAACCUGUGGGCCCUAUUGCCACAGAGUGCCAUGGAGUCUAAAAGCUCUUAAUGGGAUUCAAAGCAUCAGCAAUUUAUAUGGACCUUGAGAAAACCCACAGCUACCUACAUAUGUGAAUGUGGCGUGUGAUAUUUGUGAGGGUGAGCAUGCAGAUUAACAACGGGGCGGAGAUGUGUGCGUGCACAUAGGUGAAGGGUAUGCUGUCUUCGUGUGUGAAUAGACUAUAUUUAUGAGGAUACGUGUGAUGUGUGUGUGUACAUGUGAAUGCACUGCUUGGGAGGGUGGUAUCUCCUUUCUGCUAAGCUCCUUCUGUGCUGAGCUCAACACAGGCAUCUGGGGAAGGGUGGGGGAGAGAUCCGGAGAAGAAUAGAGAGAUUUGGGGGUUGAAAACUUGCCUAGUUGAGGAAAUUCUUCACCAGGCACAACCAAAGGAUUUUGGAUGGGAGGAAAUCUCACCUUCCUAGGCAUGAAGGAGCUGUGAAAUGAGCUCCAUGUGUAAAAUCCCAACCUGCUUAAUGCAAAGGGAUUUUUUUAAGUUGUUCAAGGAAACUUUCUGGGAAGAUUUUACUUAUAAAAGCAGGCGAGAAGAACAGCUUUGAGAUUACGGAGCAGCUUCCGGUGCCCUGCCAGGCCCUUCAGCUCACAGCUAUUUCACCCUGUCUUCUCCAAACCUCAGCUGCCUUUAGAAACACUAACUUAGUGCAGCCUUUCUCCAGGUGAGUCUCUCUCCA